AUGCUGCUAGAAAGAUUGCACAAGAGAUUGCAUGUUGGCUCCUCCAGGCGAUCUCAAGAGAAAAAGGAGAAGGAGCGCAUCCCAGAUGAUACGUCAUCCGUGCAGCCGGAACCUCAGCACCAAAGUCAGGGACCUCAGCCGCUGUUGGCCUGCGAAUAUGAUGAUAUGAUCGCAUUCGACAGGAGCCUGUCCACCCCGGUUUACACCCCGGUAACGACUCCUAUAAACAGCUCUAAUCAAACGAAAAACUCGGAAAACUCGUACUUCCCAGCUUUCCCCAAUGCAAGCAGAACCAGACAGAAUAGUUCCUCUUCGCUAGCGAGUUCCGUGUCCGACUUUCCUCAAAAUUUCAAGCAGCAUGCCCUUUACAAUAAUAAUUCUCAAAUAACUUCCUUUGCACCCCAGUUCGUCGGUCUGUUAAUAGAAAUUUACCAAAACACUUGCAGUGAUCCUACGAUAACUCCAUUUGACACUGCAAAUCCUCCAUCGGGAAUAUUGAAUAGGGUCGCCAAAGCAGCUAUACAGCAGUCUGAGCUUCAACAGUUGGAUAUCGGCUGUGACAGAAAUAGUUGGCUUUUAACGCUGGUGAGGCACCGUCUACUGCAAGAGGUGAGGAAAGACGGAUACCUUUCUCGUAACACUUCCCUCACUUCUCUACCCCCGCCGCCCCCACCACAAUUUUCUGAAAUGCUUAGGGUUCCCUCCCCGUUUAUUAAUGCAGAUAUCACAGAUCCCAUCCCGCUAUCAAAUAUAAGCUCCAAUCCAAAUUCUAACUCAACUGCAAACAUGACGAGUACGUUGAACUGGUAUUCCCUGCAGAGAUCCAAUGUCCCAAUGAAAAACAGGAAUGGCACAUCCCAGUGUAUAUCGGAACUUCAGCCACAACCUGUAUUGGCUCGGACAAAUUCUAAUAAUAGCACGAACAACGGCAAUGCCUUUACUUUACUCACACCAACUCCUACAACAGAUUCUGCAUUCAAUUUCAACAUAGCGCUAUUAUCAAGACAACGCAGCAAUAUCAUGUCAUCUCCCCUAGCUAGCACCCGUUUGCCUACCACAAACGUAACCGCUGAUGAAUCCUCUAUUUUACCUAAUGAGCCAUUGAAAUUGAAAAGAGACCUGUUCCGCCUCAAGAGGUAG